UAAUAAGAAGUAAAAUAUACCGAAAGUUCUGUAAAAAAUAUUAUUUGAAUUAAUAAUAGUUUGAAGCCAAAAGGAUCAACCAUCCUUUUAUAAUCAUUUAUUGCCAUGCAUCACAAAAUUUUUGUUUUUUUGUUUUCUAUAUUAAUUUCACAUGCUUUUGGAAAAUUAGUACAUAAAAAUAACGACUGGAUUCUUAGAAUUAUUCAUACAAAUGACAUGCACUCAAGAUUUGAUGAGAUCUCUUCUACUAAUAAAGUAUGUUCUUCAGAAGAUUCAGAAGCUGGAAAAUGUUACGGUGGCUUUGCUAGAAUUGCAACUUUAGUCCGAGAAGCAAGAAAUUCAAGUUCUGCUACACUUUUUCUAAAUGCAGGAGAUUCUUAUCAAGGAAGUAAUUGGUUUUUUGUGCACAAAUGGAAAAUUGUAUCUGAAUUUUUAAAUAUUUUACAGCCAAAUGUAGUUACACUGGGAAAUCAUGAAUUUGAUAAUGGUGUAGAAGGAUUGAUUCCUUUCAUAACUCAUGCUCAGUUUCCAAUUGUUGUAUCCAACUUGGAUCUUUCCAACGAGCCAUUGCUGAGUGCUACAAAGAUUAAAAAAAGUGUAAUAUUAACUGUAGCUGGUAGACGGAUUGGUGUGAUUGGGUAUCUAACUCCUGAUACUCAAAACACUUCCAAUACUGGCAACGUACAAUUUUUGGAUGAAGUUCAAUCAAUAAAAAAAGAAGUUAAAAAACUUCAAGCUAAUGGUGUAAAUAUUUUAAUAGCACUUGGCCAUUCAGGAUUUUCAAUGGACAAAAAAAUAGCAGCUAAAGUUGAUGGGUUAGAUUUAGUUAUUGGAGGACAUACCAAUACAUUCUUGUAUAAUGGAAAGCCACCAGGUUCAGAGAAACCUGAAGGUCCUUAUCCUGUUGAAGUUGAACAAAAAACUGGACGAAAAGUAUAUGUUGUUCAAGCUUAUGCUUACACAAAAUAUUUAGGAGAUUUAUCUAUUAAAUUUGAUGCAAAAGGAGAAAUUAUUAAAAUUAAAGGAAAUCCUAUUUUAGUGGAUAGUAGCAUUCAAAAAGCACAAGAUGUUGUAGAUGAAUUGGAAAAAUGGAGACCAGCAGUGGAAAAUCUGACUACUUAUCCCGUUGGUUCAAGUAAAGUAUUUUUAGAAGGCAAAAGUGUAAUUUGUAGAAAAGUAGAAUGUAAUUUGGGUAAUCUUAUCGUUGAUGCAAUGAUUGAUUAUAAUAUGAAAGAUUAUAAAAAUGAUAAGGGAUAUUGGACUGAUGCUGCAAUUGCUAUGCACAAUAGUGGAACUAUCAAGGAUUCAAUCAAUAAAAUGCCAGAUGAAGAUAUUACUGUAAGUGAUAUAAUGUCAGUAUUGCCUUUCAGCAAUGAUCUAGUAAAGCUUGAAGUAUCAGGAAAGCAGAUUCUCCAAGUAUUAGAACACAGCGUUUAUCAGAUGCAGCUGAAUUAUACCGAAUAUUAUUCUGGAGCUUUUAUGCAUUAUUCAGGAAUUCAAGUAAUAUAUGAUUUGAAUAAACCAAGUGGAUCAAGAGUAGUACCAGGUUCUGUUUAUGUUCGUUGUGCCUCUUGCCGUGUUCCUGUUUAUGAACAACUUGAGAAUAACAAAAUGUACACAAUUUUGACAAUAGAUUAUUUACGAAAAGGUGGUGAUGGUUAUAAGAUGUGGACAACAGCUAAUUGGACACGAACAGGAAUCACAACAGAUGAAGUCCUUAUUGAUUAUUUUCGAAGACGAAGUCCAGUUUUUGCAGGGGUUGAAAGGAGAAUUCAAUUUUUUGAUCAUGACAAUUGAUAGAAAUAUUUGUACAUAUAUUUAAAAGUGAUAAGAGUAUAUAGAAAAUCAUAAACACAAGUAGUAAUUGAUUGAAUGAGACCAGAAGGGUAAGAGUAUGACAACUUCAAGAUCAAAUAAAAGAUUUACACUUC